UGUCACCCGAUACACGAGAAUGGAAUAACCUCCAACAGGCUCACAUUCUUUUUUGGGGUGAAACUUUGUAACUUUAUGUAUGUAGGUGCGAAUAUAUCAAAAUGUCGAAGUCACAAAGGGAACAGAGGAAGAUGCAAACACGACAAGCGAGCAGAACUAUUCCAAGUUUCGAAGUUCCUGGUGCUGAGGGUAAUAUUGGUUCUGAUACUUCAUUGAAAAGAGAUGUUGCACCUACCAGUCAAAUACAUGCUGCUGCCGUAAAUGGAGAUAAAAGUAUUCUCCAGAAACUUCUCUCAGCUAACCCACAUCAAAUUGAUGGUCAAGAUCAAUUCGGAAGGACACCUUUGAUGUUUGCAGUGCUAGCAGACAGGUUAGAGUGUACUGAAAUAUUACUCAAAGCUGGAGCUAAUGUUGAUGCCAAAGACAGUGGUGGUAGAACAGCUAUACACUGGGCAGCACAUAAGGGUCACUUCAAGUGUUUGAAAUUACUGAUUUCUAAAGGUGCAAACUGUAAGGAAAAAGACAGCGAGGGACAGACAGCAUUACAUUUAUCAACAAGGCAUAAAAACACCAAAUGUCUGGCUUUGUUGAUGAAACAGCUACAUGUUGACUUAGGAGAGGUGGAUGAACAAGACAGUGCCAAGCGGACUGCUCUUCACUGGAGUGCUUCCUAUGGCAAUGAAGAAGCUGUCAGAAUGCUGAUAAAACAGGAUUCCAAUAUCGGUAUACCAGACACUGAAGGGAAGACACCCCUACACUGGGCUGCUACUGCAGGCCAAGACUCUUCUGCAGUGAAUACUGUCAAACUAUUACUGGAGUCCGCUCCCAGUGUUAUAAACUGGCAAGACUAUGAAGGGAGGACAGCAUUGCAUCUGACUGUGGCCGAUGGCAAUGAACCCAUUGUUGGAGCCUUGACUUCCCUUGAGAAGUGUAAUGUUACAGCAUUAGAUAAUAUGUUCCGAACUCCCUUGCACUGGGCGGCAGUAUUAGGACACACCAAAAUAGUCCAGUUGUUAUUAAACCGAAAAGCUGACUAUGCUAGUACAGAUUCUAAUGGUGCCACUCCUAUGCAUUACGCAGCACAAAAUAACUAUGCAGAAACUGUGGAUGCUUUCUUGAGCCGUGAAAAUGUAACUGAUGAACCGGAUUUAGAAGGUCGAACAGCGCUAAUGUGGGCAGCUGGGAAAGGAGCUGAUGAUGUUAUCAGAACAAUCCUUAAACGAAAUUCUGACAUUAAUGCUACCGACAAGACUGGAGGAACAGGCAAGCACAAAAAUGCCAUAUCAUCAAAUAAUAAAAGCUUUUCCCUGUUGUUGUAGCAUGGUGCCCAUGUGAAUGCCUGUGAUAUGAUGAAACACACACCACUAUUUAGGGCUUGUGAAAUGGGACAUUUAGAAGUCGUUAAAACAUUGAUGGAUGGUGGUGCUAAAGUGAAUAUAGCAGAUCAAGAUGGCAGAACACCACUGCAUUGGGCUGCCCUCGGUGGCCAUGCUGUGAUCUGUGAGACACUAAUGAAACAUGGCAUUAGUGUUGAUGUGCGUGAUCACGUUGGUAGGACACCAUUACAAUGUGCUGCUUAUGGUGGCUACAUCAACUGUAUGUCGUUAUUGAUGGAGAACGGUGCUGAUCCAAAUUUACAGGACCAUGAGGGAAUGACAGCAUUACAUUGGGCAUGCAGCUCAGGUUGUUUAGACGCCAUCAAACUUCUCUUCGAAUACAAAGCUUUCCCGAAUCACAUGGAGUUCAACGAAGACAGAUUUACUCCGUUAGACUACGCCUUAUUGAAUGAUCAUCACGAUGUUGCUCAGUAUAUGAUUGAGCAAGGAGCUCUCUCCAUCACCGGGAUUCGAGACUUAGUAGCUUCCAAAAUUCAGGCACACUAUCGAGGUUAUCUUGUUAGAAAAACAUUCCUGGAACGUAAGAAACUUCUUAUGAAACAUGAACAACUUAGGAAAGAUGCAGCAAAGAAAAAAGAACAAGAAACCAAAAAGCGACAACUGGAAUAUCGAAAACGGGAAGAACAAAGGCGACAGAGACUACAUCAUAAACAAGGAAAUGAGAGUCAAAAUUCAACGGAUUCUGAGCAAGAUAAAAUCAAUAAUCAACAUCGGCAACAUCCAGUGAAAGAGACAAGUGUUACUUCAAGUGAUACUGAGGAAUCUGUGAGCAGUAGUAGGAGUGAUAAAUAUAGUGUGAGUUCUGACAGAUACUCUGAUAAUUUUGAAGAUGAAGAGAUGAUGGAAAGAGAUCGUGAAAAGGAAGAACGAAAGAAAAACAAAAGUAUUGUCAAUAAAGAAAGAAACAGAUUAGCCUUGUGGAGGAAGAAAAACGAAGCGGCCGCCGUGAUACAGAGAGCAUGGAAAACUUAUCUGUUUCGACGAAGUAGCAUGUCUAGGGCUGCAAGUGAGGUGGCUAGAAAUUACCGACGUUUAAAAGGUGAACAGGACUACAGGAGGCAGAUCGCUGCAUGUGUCAUCCAGUUGACUUGGAGGAAGUAUUGUCGAAGGAAGCUGGAAAAAUCACUGGGUAAGAAUAAGAAGAUACUUUAUCCCUGGAGUCCUCCGGUGCUCGCCGCCAAACAAAGACAUUUAGUGGAGCAGAUCUACAGUGAGGUUCUCAUAGCACGUGAAUGGUAUCCAGAGCUACCAAGAGUUAUCAGACCUGAUUACAUGAAAUUUGUACCAUCUGCUGCAGCUCUUUCUUAUAAUUUUGCUGUUGAUCAAUAUCACCCAAUGCUCGCAAGGAGAGGAGUUGGAAAAGCUGAAAAUGUUCCACCAUGGAGUCCACGUCUCAGACCAAGCUCCAUGAGAAGAGAUACCUAUGGUUGGACUCCACAAUCGGGAGAACUCUUUGAUGAAGACUUUAGACACAUGUCCCUUGCUAACAGCAGAGAAGCCAGUGCGGAUCAUUUUUCCUAUAAUCUACACAGAUGACAACGUGGUCAAAUGCAAGGAGUAUCUUCCACGAUAUUUAUGUAGCUGCAUGUAAUGAUGGAUUACUUAAUUUUGACUUUUUUUCAACUCAGAAUAUACCCAAGAAAGUCUUGUAUAUACC